AUGGAAAAGACAGCAUUACGUGAACGUUACAUGGUCAUUAGACCGCUGUACUCAGAAGACUCCUUCACAGAGCAUCAUGAAAAAAUUCACAGGCUGCGCAAGAGUUUCGGGGACCAUAUAAGAGAUUAUUUCACUUGUAAUGCACAGCGUGCCGAGAAUGCAGCCCUUUCUGUGUUACCCAUAAUUCAAUGGAUGAAAAUGUACAGAAUCAAAGACUGGUUGCUCAGUGAUAUUGUGUCUGGUGUCAGCACUGGAUUGGUGGCUGUUCUGCAAGGUCUUGCCUUCUCCUUGCUUGCCUCUCUACCUCCUGGCUACGGGCUGUAUACUGCAUUUUUCCCUGUGAUAAUUUACUUUUUCAUGGGAACUUCCAGACACAUCUCAGUUGGAGCUUUUCCUGUACUGAGUCUGAUGGUGGGAGCAGUGGUGACCAGACUGGUGCCUGAUGAUGGUCCUCCUGCAAAUAUCACUGGAUUUGAGGGACUGACUAGAGAUGAACAGCGAGUCAUUGUGGCCUCCUCUGUCACCUUUCUAAUGGGGAUUUUCCAGUUGGGUAUGGGUCUGCUGCAAAUGGGUUUCAUAGUCAUGUAUCUGUCAGAUACACUGGUGUCUGGAUUCACCACAGCAGCUGCAAUUCAGAUUGUGGUGUCUCAGCUCAAGUUUAUUUUGGGACUGCAGAUACCAGGUAUCAGUGGACCACUCUCCAUUAUAUACACUUUGGAGAUGGUAGGUUCACAGAUUACGAAAACAAAUGUUCCUGACCUGGUGAUGUCCAUUGUGAUUAUGGCUGUGGUGCUCAUAGUUAAGGAGAUAAACAAUAGGUUCAAGUCAAGACUACCUGUCCCCAUUCCUAUUGAAGUUAUCAUGACUGUUAUUGCUUGCGGAGUCUCCUAUGGAUUUAGUUUUGAUGAUAUUUACAAAGUUGAAGUAAUUGGCAAGAUUCCAAACAGGUAUGAAACCCCGAUUUCUCCAAAUAUAGAGGUUCUCCAGCUGAGUGCUGUAGAUGCCUUCCCUCUGGCCAUAGUGGGGUUUGCUGUGGCUUUCUCUGUGGCUAAGGUCUAUUCUGUCAAACAUGACUACUCCAUAGAUGGAAACCAGGAGCUCAUUGCUUUUGGAGCCAGUAACAUCUUUGGAGCAUCCUUCAGGUCAUUUGCUGCCAGCACAGCUCUCUCUAGAACAGCUGUCCAGGAAAGCACAGGGGGAAAAACACAGAUUGCAGGUCUCAUAUCAGCUGUAAUGGCCAUGAUUGUCACCGUGGGAAUAGGAUUCCUUCUUGAGCCAUUGCCAAGGUCUGUAUUGGGUGCCCUGGUGAUUGUCAAUCUGAAAGGUAUGCUGAUGCAGGUCACUGAGGUCCCAUAUCUGUGGAGAAGAGACAGGCCUGAUUGCGUUAUCUGGGUGGUGACCUGUGUGUCCUCCAUCUUGCUUGGGCUGGAUUUGGGGCUUGCUGUGGGUUUGGGGAUAGAGCUGUUAGCUGUGGUCUUCAGGGUUCAGUUCCCUCGUUGUUCCGUCCUGGCUAACAUCACAGGAACAGAUCUCUACAGGGAUCGAAAAGACUACGUCCAUAUAUAUGAACCAGAGGGUAUUAAGAUCUUCAGAAUCCCCUCACCCAUUUUCUUUGCCAACAUUGAGUUUUUCCGCAGCAAACUUCUGGAAGCAGUAGGCUUUGACCCUCUCAGAGUUUUGAGAAAGAGGAACAAAGCCCUGAGGAAACUCAAGAAAAUGUACAGUAAAGGAGAUCUGCAGAUGACUUCUAGAGGCAUUGAACUCACAGGCUCUUUGCAAAGAGAAGAUUCUGAAGUCAGUGAGAACAGUAUGGAGGAACUCGACAGGCCCACAGACUUCUCAGAUCUUCCUGUCCAGGUGAACUGGAGAACAGAGCUUCCUGCCAACAUCGUUGUGCCCAGAGUGGACAUCCACAGCUUGGUCUUAGAUUUUGCUGCUGUGUCCUUCCUUGACAUCUCUGCUCUCAAGGGGCUGAAAAUGACAUUGAAAAACUUCCUGAGAGUGGAUGUGGAGGUCUAUAUUGUGUCAUGUGACGCAUAUGUCCUUGAGAAACUCCAUAGCUGCAUGUUUUUUGAUGAUGAGAUCAAGACAUCCAUAUUUUUCCCUACUCUUCAUGACGCCAUGUUGCACAUUCUGGAAAAGCAUUACAACCAAUCAAAUGAAAACAACAGCAUGAUGUGGUAA